AUGAUUCGCAAUAUCCCCCGAGCCCUUCGUGCUGUCAUAUACGUACAAGCUCUGAUAAUUUGUCUUCAGCAAGUAGAAGGCACCAAUGAAACAAAGCUGGCACUGGAUGACAUGUCAAUCUUCUGGGGAGACAGCAGAUACCCGGAAAGAGCAUAUCAAUCAAUUGUGGACUGUCUGGGAAAAUGGGAUGAACCAGUCCUAGAAUCUCAUGAUGUUGCUUGGCGCACAUUCUAUGAGAUGUACACCAGUUUGGAAGCUGCACAAGAUGCGUCAACACGGUGGAGAGAGUCUGACAGCUUUUUGGAAUCCAGACAGAAGAAGAAGGGACUUUAUGGGGGCAACUUCAAUUCCUUUGGGGCAGUUGAGGUUUCUGAGAGGUGCAAUUUUGUUUCAAAUGUUGCAUACUACAAUGCUGCUCUGAGAAUUUGUAAAUAUGGGGACCGCUGGCAUUCCAACAGCUCAUAUCAAUCUGCCUUGAUGAAAUCAAUUGGAUUUCAAUCCAUUGCAUCAGGUUACUUUCAUGGAUCCUUCUCGAGACUGGGGUUUGUCAUGGAUGUGGAGAAUGCUGGGCUCCCACUUUUUCUUGCAUAUCAAAUGGCCAUUCAAAGUGUCGGUGAUGUUGAUGAUCCCAACUUCAAUGCUACGAUUUUCCGCACUGGAAGCAACAUAAAACCACUUGAGGAUAUUACCCCAUUUUGGAAGCCCAUUGAUGAAAUGACUUUCCUUCCAUUGAAGGAAGAUUUAUCCUUUCUUGAGUGGUCUCAAUACAUCAAUGACUUGGAUGUGCCUGAUGCUGAAGAAAGUGCUCUUCUAUUUUGUUCAUGGUUUUGUAUUGCUACUCUUCCGUACUCAUUAUGCGAAUGUCUUAUGGCAGAUGUGCUGGCUCCCGCCUUUAUCAACAACCAAACAAAGAUUGACUUUGUGAAAAACGAGUACUUUCCACAAGCCAAGAUUGCAGCUGAUAGUUUGGAUUUGCCACUGCCAGCUUGGAUCGGAUUCCCUCUGUUGGGAAAGGGGCUUGGGGCCGCCCUAUCAAUUCUUUGGGCAUACCUCUUUCAGGAGAAUCGACUCAAGACUCCUGGUUUGGAGGGGAUGUAUUUCAAUGUGACAGCGCUGGGAGCAACCAAGACGCCAUCUGUUGAUUUCUUGAUCAAUAUAUUGACAGGGUUUGGAAACCCAACCAAGUAUACGUACAACUCAGAGGAGGCAUACCCUGGAGCAAGUUUUUGCAACAGGGACUCCCCACAUGCGCUGUGGCAUCAAGAAAGCGCCGACGCUCUACCAGAAAUUGCCUUUGCAGCUGACAAGCUGUAUCGUGUUUUGCAAGAUCGAAAGGAACGAAAGCAGCAGGGCAAUUGGUUUGGAUUCUCCAUCUUUAACAGCUUUCAGAACAUCCGUGGUGGAGGCCACGGGGGAGAGGAUUAG